GGCACCAAUAACACUGGGUGGGAUCGUCUGUCUGUUCCCCUAACCCCAUCCAGAACUUUGCUUUGCUUUGCUUGGCCCCUUCCCUCCUUGCUCUGCUGGUCCCCCACUGUCCCCAAUCCUGCCUCUUAGCUGCCACACUGGCAGCUCCAAAUUUCCCUCCAAGCUUUCACUUUACCCUGUAACAAUUAUUUUUUUUAAUUUCAUUUCCCAUUCCUUUUUUUUUUUCCCACGUCACAUCGGAUAACUGGAGGAUCAAAGAAGAAGAAUUGAAAAUGGAAUAAUUUACUAUGUGGAACUAGGAUUUAUUUUUCUUUAAAUAAGUUGAUGUGCUAUAAGUUGGAUUGAAUAUAUUUUGAAGCAAUCCCCAGUCCGUUCUAAAUGGAGAGGCUUGGUUCAUCUCUCUGAGAUAGUCACCAUAUCACCAUGGCCGAAGGAUCCAGCCCCCCCUCGGUGGGUACAGCCGGGGGCUCCAGCAAAGUCGCACAAACAAGCUCUCUCAGAUCCAAAGGUGUCGAGCUCUUCAGAAAGGUGAAAGUAUCUGUUGAACUGCUGAUUGCACUAGCUGCUCUCUUGUCCUGGAUAGUUGUGGGUGUGGUGAUGUUUGACUUUGUAGAGUACAAAGCAGUUCCAGAUGUUCACCAAAUCAUUACGGACCCAGUUCAAGCUGUAAACGAUGCUGUAGAUGAGGUGUCCAGUCUGUUCAAUAAGUUCCAAGAAUGUGCUCCUGAUUUAAGUAACCCCUCAUCUGCUGCAUCUUAUGUCGUUGAAGAAGUUACAGAAGCUAAACAUGCAUUUGUUCAGUAUUUUUCUGAUGAAGAAGGAACCUUCUACCUCAGCUACAUCGAUCCUGUAGUCAUUGGAAGAAGAGCUUUCCAUUCAACCAAUGACUUUGUGUAUGGAGUGAUUGGCUGCUUCAGGGAUGUACUGUGUGCCAUGGUGGAUACUGUCAAGGACACAGUUUUGGAUCUAAAAGAAGGAAAAAUUGAUCUGAGCUAUAUUGACCCUGUGAUAAUAGGCAGAGGGUUGUUCAGGGUUACUAAUAACUUCAUGUCUGAAGUGGUGGGCUUCAUCCAGACUGUGCUCUGCCUCCUAGUGGACUCUAUAUUGGAUGUAGUGAAAGGAACCACUGACAUUAGCUUCCUCGAUCCUGUGCUACUGGGCAGGAAUUUUUUUAACGUUAUAAAUGAUGCUGUUGGUGGAAUAACAGGCUACAUCCAGGACACACUCUGUGCCAUCAUAGACACUGUACUGGAUAUAACUAAAGGAACAACAGAUGUCAGCUAUGCCGACCCGGUGGUCCUUGGCAGGAAUUUCUUCCACAUCACAAAUGAUGCUGUGAGUGGAUUAGUGGGCUACAUUCAGGACAUACUUUGUGCAAUAAUAGAUACCAUACUGGAUAUCUUUAAAGGAACCAUUGACACCAGCUUUGUUGAUCCUGUUGUCAUUGGCAGAAAUGUUUUCCAUAUUUUGAAUGAAUUUGUGAGUGAUAUCACAGGAUACAUCCAGAACUGGCUCUGUGCUGUCUUGGACGUAGUAUUGGAUACGUUAAAUGACAUACAGGAGGCCGUGGGAUUCAGCCCCUUAUCAGCUCUGAAGACAAUUGCAGAAUUCUUCAGAGAACAGAUAACCACAAUUAUGGGCUUUUUCUCCACAAUGCUGAUGGGUGAACAAGACAUCACCCCAGAAGUGUCUGUUGACCCAAUGAAGGUUGUCGAGGAUGCAGUGUUGGAAUUUAGUAGCAAGAAGGAGUUGUUCUUGGGUUACAUGUCAAGCGUGCUGGGUGGGGAUCAAGGUGAGCCUGCCAUUCCUCCGGCUGUAAAUGUUGUCACUGAAAAAGAUGAAGCUGUUGUUUCUCCAUCUGAUAUUCACCUGGUGAGAAAGAAAGGGGAAUUUUUACCUCCACUUGAAAAAGUUGCAGAAGUGAUGCAUGCGGGCGAAGGUGAAGCCGUCUCUGCUGCAGAGCAGGCGGAGGUUGAAGAAGCAACUGGAGCUACUGGUGACUCUGGAGUGACCAUAGAAGAGGAAGACGAGGUGAAACACGUGGAAGAAAAGCAACAUAAGCCUUCACUGAAGGAAGGGGUCAUAAACGUUGGAACUAAGGAAGACAGAACUGUAAAGGAAGAAGAGACUGUAGAUGAUAUUACAUCACUGGAAGAUUCCACACAACUGGUGCAUGAGGAAGACAAAGAAGACAAAGAUGAGAAAUUAAAAACAGGACAUGAACAAGAUAAAACAAAGGAUAUCUUGGUUGAAGAAGGAGAUGGAGUGUUUGAAGGGCAAGAGGAGAAGGAAGAUAAAUUAGAAAUGGGACAGGAACAAAAUGAGGGAGACAAUAAAACAGAGGACAUCUUGGCAAAAGACGGAGAAGAAGACAGAUUAACAAGAGAGGGCGGGAUAGAUGAUCAAGAAGAGAAACCCAAAAUCGAAGCAAGAUUAGAUGAGAAAGGAGAGGAAGAAGAGGGGGAGCUUGAAACUAAAGACUUGCAAGAGGGUGGGGUAACAGAGAAGAAGGAAAAACCAGAGAAGAUAAAAACUGAAGGCACAGCACUAGAUCAGGAGGAAGAGGAGGAAUCCACCACCAAUGAGGAAUUCAAUGACAAAGAGGGGAAAGAUGACAGAACUCAGCAUGAAGGUUUGGAAAAACAGCUCAAACCUCUUCUGCCUCAAACUCCUGUUAAUGACAGUGUUGUACCCGAAACUGGUGAAUCCAACAUGGAAAAAUCUGGAUUAUCUCCAGCAUUUAAUUAUAGUGAACUAAAACACGAUCAUGGUGAAAAUAACAGCAACAACGAGACUAAAAAGCCAAAAGCGUCACAAAAAGAACACAUCGACCGCUAUAAGACAGAAGACACAGCCAUAAAGAAGCCUCCAAAGGACGGCAAGGAAGAGGAGGCCACUACUAUUGGAACAAAAAAGUAUAUCAAAGAAAAGAAAGAGGAAAAGGAUAUUCCAAAAGAAAAAACUGAGGUAAAAAGACCCACCAAAGAAAAGAAGGAGCAUAAAUUACCCCAGAAAAAGAAAUCUCCCAAGACAGAGAUAUCCCCCAAAGAUGAAGAGAAAAAGAAAACCUCAAAAGAAGAAAUAAAGGUAAAGAAACUUUCCAAGGUAAAGAAAGAGGAAACAAAGGUAGAAAGAUAUCCCAAAGAGGAAACAGAAGAAAAGGAACAUAUAAAAGAAGUAAAAAUAGAAACUUCUAUGAAAAAUAGGACAGAAAAGACCCAUACAAAAGCAAAGAAAAUCGAGAAACCCAAAAUCAUAAAAGAAGUAAAGAAAACUAAUAAGGAAGAAGAGCCACAUGAAGAAGAAAUAAAGCUCAAAGAGCUUACUAAAGAAAAACUAGAAGCAGAUAAACCUCACAAAAUAGAGAAAGACAAGAAAACUGAUGAGGAGGACAAGCUUCCUAAAGAGGAAACAAAGCUUGUGAAGCCUCCAAAAGAAGAGAUAAAGCAAGAAAAGCCUGCCAGAGAGGAAAUAGGGAUCAAGCAGUUUGCUAAAGAAGACAUCAAAAUUAAAAAGCAUCUGGAAAAGGAAAUAAAGAAGGAGAAACAUCCCAAAGAAGAUUUAAAGAUUAAGAAGCCAUCUAAAGAAAAAAUAAAGGCAGAUAAGUCUGUUGUAGUUGAGACGACUUUUGAAGAGAAGAAAGUAAAGAGGAAACUUCCUAAAGAGGAAAAAAUGGUAGAAACAGCUCAAAAAGUUAAGAUGGAGAAGAAAUCUCACAAAGUAAAGGAAGAAGAUACAAAACCUGCUCAAGAAGAAAUAAAGAUUGAGAAACCUACUAUAGAAAAGAAAGAUGAGAAGAAACCUCAUGAGGAAAAGACACAUCCAAAGGAAGAAAUUAGCACAGAAAAAGAAGAAACAAAAAUACAAAAGAAACAUCCAAAAGAAGAACUAAAGACUGAAAAACCACCUGCCGCAAAUAAAACUUCCACAGAAGAAAUAAAAGUGGAUGAAACUAGUAUGGAAAAACCUCCCAAAGAUCAGAGAGAAGUGAGACAUCACGUUGAGAAACCCUCCAAAGAACAGAAAGAUGAGAAACUACACAAAGAAAAGAAGGCUACCAAAGACAAAAUAAAAGUUGACAAACCACCCAAAGAAGAAUCAAAGUUUAGGAAACAUCCCAAGGAAAAGGAAGACAGGAAACAUCCCAAAGAAGAUAUACAUGUGGAGCUUCCUUCUACAUUAAAGAAAGAAGAAGCAAAAGCAAAUAAAACUCAAGAAGGUGAGAAGAAACUCGUAAAAGAUGAUAGAGAGAAUGUAAACCUUCCAAAAGAAACAACUAAGGCGGAAAAACCUUUCAGAACCAAGAAGGAAAGUAAACCUACUAAAAAAGAAAUAAAGGCAAGGAAACCUCUGAAAGCAGAAAAAGAAGUAAAGAAAUCAAUUGAAGACGACAUAAAAUCAGAAAAAACUCCCAAAGAGGAUAAACAAGAAAAGGAGCCCCCAAAACAAAAGAUUAAGAUAGUAAAAGAUAAGAAAGACCGGGAUGAAGAAAAGAAACCACACAAAGAAUUAAAAGAGAAGAAGAAACCUCCUAAAGAAAUAAAAGAGAAAAAGGAUCUCCCUAAAGAAAAGGAAAAGAUAGAGAGGUAUAAAAAAGAACAGAUAAAGGUUGAGAAGCUUCCGAUUAAAGGAAAAGGGGUUGAGAAGCCCUUAAAAGAAAAGAAAGCAGAGGAAAAAAAUCUCAAGGAUGAAAUAAAGGUAGAAAUAUCUUUAAAACAGGAAAUACCAGUUGAUACGCAACAUAAGGAAGCAACAAAGGAACAAAAGCCUCUCAAAGAAAAGAAAGAUGAAAAGAAGCCAAUUAAGGAAGAAAUAAAGGUUGAGAAGCCUCCUGAAGAAGAAAAAAACAUUACAAAGCCUCUCAAAGAAGAAAUAAGAGUGAAAAAGGCCAAACAAGUGGAAAUAAAGAUCCAGAAACAGGAUAAAGAAGAAAUAAAAAUUGAGAAGCCUCCGAAAGAAAAGGUCAAAUCUAAGGUGCCUCACAAAAAAGAGAUGAAGAUGGGUGAGAUAAAGAAAACCAGUAAAGAAGAUAUUAAGGAUAAAGAAGAAAUUAGGGAGGACAAACAUCCGAGAGAGGAAAUAAAGGUCAAGAAGCGUUCCAAAGAAAAAAGAAAGGUGGACAAGUCUCCCAAAAUAGACACAAAAGUUGAGAAACCUCACAAAAAGGAAUUAAAGGUCGAGAAGCUUCCCAAAGAGGAAAUAAAGUACAAUGAUUCUCUCAAAGAAGAUGUAAAAGUCGAGAAACCUCCCCAAAAGGAAUUAAAGGUCAAGAAGCCUCCCAAAGAGGAAAUAAAGGUUGACAAGCCUCUUCAAGAAGAUGUAAAAGUGAAGAAACCUCACAAAAAGGAAAUAAAGGUUGAGAAGCCUCUCAAAGAGGAAAUAACAGUCAAAAAGCCUCCCAAAAAGGAAACAAAGGUGGUGAAGCCUUCCAAAGAAGAUGUAAAAGUUGAGAAACCUCAGAAAAAUGAAGUAAAGGCCAAGAAGCCUCCCAAAGAAGAUGUCAAAGUAAAGAAGCCUCCCAAAGGGGAAAUAAAGGUUGAGAAGCCCCCCAAAGAAGAUUUAACGUUCAAAAAGCAUCCCAAAGAGGAAACAAAGGUGGUGAAGCCUUCCAAAGAAGAUGUAAAAGUUGAGAAACCUCAGAAAAAUGAAGUAAAGGCCAAGAAGCCUCUCAAAGAAGAUGUCAAAGUAAAGAAGCCUCCAAAAGAUGAAAUCAAGGUUGAGAAGCCCCCCAGCAAAGAUGUUAAUGUAAAGAAGCCUCAUGAAAAGGAGUUGAUAGUUGAGAGGCCUUCCAAGGAAAAAAUAAAGGCUGAGAAGGCUCCUAUAGAGGAUGCUAAAGUGGAUAUGCCUCCCAGAGAAGAUGUAAAGGUCAAGAAAUCUCCAAAAGAAGAAAUAAAAGUCAAGCAAACUUUAGAAAAGGAAAUUAGGUUUAAAAUGUCUCUCAAAAAGGAAAUAAACAUCACAAUGACACCUAAAGAAAAAGAAAAGGUUGACAAGCCUCCCAAAGAGGAAAUAAAGUUUGAAAAGCCUCCAAAAGAGAAAAUAAAGAUUGAAACACAUCAGAAAGAGGAAAUAAAGGUCAAGAAGCCAUCCACAGAAGAAAUAAAGGUCAAGAAGCCAUCCAAAGAAGAAAUAAAGGUUAAGAAGUCUCCCAAAGAGGAAAUAAAAGUCAAGAAGCCUCUGAAAGAAGAAAUAGAGGUCAAGAAGCCUUCCAAAGAAGAAAUAAAGCUUAAGAAGUCUCCCAAAGAGGAAAUAAAGGUCAAGAAGCCUCUGAAAGAAGAAAUAGAGGUCAAGAAGCCUUCCAAAGAAGAGAUAAAGAUUGACAUGCCUUUGAAAGAAAUUAAGGUCAAGAAAUCUCCCAAAGAAGAAAUUAAGUUAGAAAAGCCUCCCAAAGAGAAAAUAAAGAUUCAGACACCUCAGAAAGAGGAAGUAAAGGUCAAGACGCCUUCCAAAGAAGAAAUAAAUAUUGAUAUGCCUUCAAAAGAGCAAAUAAAGUUUGAGAAGUCUGCCAAAGAGGAAAUCAAGGAAAAGAAAUCUUCCAAAGAGAAAGUAAAGAUUGAGUCACCUUCUAAAGAGAAAAUAAAGACCAAGAAGACUUCCAAAGAAGAGAUAAAGUUCGAAAAGACUCCCAAAGAGGAAAUAAAGAUCAAGAAGCCACUUAAAGAGGAAAUAAAUGUCAAGGACCCUCAAAAAGAACAAAUAAAGAUUAAGAAGGCUUUCAAAGAAGAAUUAAAGCUCAAGAAAUCUCCCAAAGAAGAAAUAAAGAUUGAUAUGCCUCUAAAAGAGGAAAUAAAGGGCAAGAAGACUCCCAAAGAGGAAACAAAGGUGGAAACGCCUCCCAAAGAGGAAAUACAAGUCAAGAAAUCUAAAGAGGAUAUAGGGGUCAAGAAGACUCCCAAAAAGGAAACAAGGGUUGAAAAGCCUCCCAAAGAGGAAAUAAAGUCCAAGAAAUCACCAAAAGAGGAACUAAAGGUCAAGAAGCCUGCCAAAGAGGAAAUAAAGGCUGAAAAGCCGCCCAUAGAGGAAGUAAAGAUCAAGAAAUCUCCUAAAAUGGAAAUAAAGGUUGAGAAGCCUCCAAAAGAUGAAAUAAAGGAUAAGAAAUCUCCCAAAGAGGAAAUAAAGGUUGAGAAGCCUGCCAAAGAGGAAAUAAAGGCUGAAAAGCCGCCCACAAAGGAAGUAAAGAUCAAUACAUCUCCUAAAAUGGAAAUAAAGGUUGAGAAGCCUCCAAAAGAUGAAAUAAAGGCAAAGAAGUCACUGAAAGAGGAGAUAAAGGUCAAGAAGCCUCCCAAAGAGGAAAUCAAGGAUGAAAAACCUGUCAAAGAGGAAAUAAAGGUUGAAAAGCCACCCAUAGAGGAAGUAAAGAUCAAGAAAUCUCCUAAAAAGGAAAUAAAGGUUGAGAAGUCUCCCAAAGAGGAAAUAAAGACCAAAAAGGCUUCCAAAGAGGAAAUAAAGGUUGAAAAGCCACCCAUAAAGGAAGUAAAGAUCAAGAAAACUCCUAAAAUGGAAAUAAAGGUUGAGAAGUCACUGAAAGAUGAGAUAAAGGUCAAGAAGCCUCCCAAAGAGGAAAUAAAGAUCAAAAAGGCUUCCAAAGAAGAAAUAAAUAUUGAUAUGCCUCCAAAAGAUGAAAUAAAGGGUGAGAAAUCUCCCAAAGAGGAAAUACAGGUUGAUAAGCCUCUCAAAGAGGAAAUAAAACACAAGAAAUUACCCAAAGAGGAACUAAAGGUCAAGAAGCCCGUCAAAGAGGAAAUAAAGGCCAAAAAGCCUCCCAAAGAGGAAAUAAAGGUUGAGAAGCCUCUCAAAGAGGGAGCAAAGGUUGAAAAGCAUCCCAAAGAGGAAAUAAAAGCCAAGAAGCCUUCCAAAAAAGAAUUAAAGACUCAAGAGCUUCCUAUAAAGGAAAUUAAGGUUGAGAAGCUUCUCAAAGAUGAAAUAAGGUUGACGGAGCCUGCCAAAGAAAAGAAAGAAAAGAAAUCUGUCAAGGAAGAAAUAAAGAUUGUUAAGCUCCCCAAAGAAAUAAAGGUAAAUAAGUCUCCUAAGGAUGAAAAAAUGACCAAGAAGGCCCAUAAAGAAAAGGAACAUGUGAAGAAACUUGUUGAAUAUGAAAUAAAACUCAAGAAACUUCCCAUAGAAAAGACAAAAGACAAGAAACCUUCCAAAGAAGAAACAGAGGCAAAGAAGAUUCUCAAAAAACAAACAAAAACUAAACUUUCAAUAGAAGAAAAAUCUGAGCUAAAACUCCCGACAGGAAAGAGAGAAGUAAGGACAUCUAAAGAAGAGAUCAAGACCAAAAGAACAAUCAAGUUUGCAUCUGUCCUCAGAAAGGAGCAUCUUAAUGUAACAAAAUCUGGUGUUGAGGUUUCCAAAGAGGAAUCAAAGCGUGCUCGUUCAAGAAGAGAAACUGCUACUAUCGCUGCAAAAAAGGCGCCAAGGGUGAAAACGCUAGAAAUACCAGACAGAAAUGUGUCCUUAACAAAGACAAAAGUGAAGGCUGUUUCACCGAGGAAAGUGGUUCUAAAGGACACAGUCAAACCAGAAAAAGUCAAAAAAGGUAAUAUUUGAAAAUGUAAUUACUCA